CCCUAUCCCAUCCACACCAACCUCUCCUCCUCCUCCUCCUCCUCCCUCCUCCCUCCUCCCCUCGUCGCCUCUCCUUUCCACGGCCGAGACGCCCCGCCUCACCUCACCGUCUCCGCCCACCCCCCAAAAAGGCGAACCCUUUUCUGUCUCCGGACUCCGACUCCGACCCCGACUCCCCUUCCUUUCCGGAGCGACCAGGGCCGGCCGGGCCGACUCCUUUUCGCGUUGGCGGUGAAUCCGAAGGCACCGCCGCGGGGAGGGGGGGGGCCGUCCUUUAUCUUCCGUCGGCGGGGGGACGCCGCCCCAUGGGCCGGUCGCCAACGAUAUACCACUAUCAGCUCAUCGACCGGCGGAAAGGGCUUGGGUAAAUCUUUGCUGCAAAUUUCCCCUUGUACAUGUAACAUCACAUGUAAUUUCUAUUAAACAAUGAGUUCACUCAAUAAAGUUGUUUCUAAUGGAGAUACAAGGUCAAUGUUGCCAAAUAAAGUAACAGCAUUGAAUCCCAAUGCAGCAGAGUUUGUACCUUCAUGCAUUAGACCAUCUUUUGAGACUACCACAGUUUCAGAUGUAAGUAAGACAGAUCUUAGGAGUUCUGGGAAAACUAUCCUAGAUAGGUCCGAGUCAUCAAAAUCAAAUAACUCGGAUGAUGAGGCACAUCAGUUUUGGCGUAAGCAGCUUCCUGAUGACAUUAUUCCAGACUUUAGUUUUGAGAAAAUUGAACAAGAACCUGAAGAAUUGUCUCUUGCUGGAUUAUCCUUGAAUGCACCCCCUUUCUAUGGUACAACAGCUAGCCGCUUUUCAAGAGAACAUGAUCUAUCUUCUCAAGCUAACAAGAGUCUGGAACUGGGGCAUACCAGUUUACUUUAUGAAGAUAAUUCACAAGCACCAUUUCCAACUAUGGGUUCAAGCAACUGGGAGCAAAGUUUUGUAGGGGAUCUCCAUUUUUCUAAUGGAAAUCAGGGCCUUCAUUAUGAUUCUGAAAGCGCAGCAGGUUUUUCUGAUAGUUUUUCUAGCGAAUAUGCUGCGGCAACAGAUCUUGACCCCCUAGAGUAUUUAGCUUCCCAAUUUCCUGGAUUUUCAGCAGAGAGCCUUGCGGAGCUCUACUAUGCUAAUGGAUGUGACUUCAACCAUACUAUUGAGAUCCUCGCCCAGCUAGAGAUGCAAGUUGAUCCUACCUCCAAUCCAACUCUGACCCCCAGGACACCAAACUUUAGCACAGGGGACUUCCCUGCCCUGCCAACAGUUGAAGACCAAAAUGGGUUUUCCAAAGGCAAUGCAGAUAUUUUAAGCAUCUUCAGUGGACGCAGCUCACCCUCUGUAUCUAGUGGUACUGGUGAUUUUGUUUCAGCUGUUCGCAAACUUGCAUCACAAAAUUCUGGCCAUUGGAAGUACAAGAAAGGUCCUGAAUAUGGUAAUGGUGUUUCAACUGUUUCUGUACCCAAGCAGUACAGUUCUGCCACUAAAACAUCUUCUGGAAACAAGUUUCAAAGUGUUAGCAGUGCGCGUUCUGCUCCAUGGCUCGAAACUGGUGAUGCAGUAGCAAAUAUGUACUCAGAAUCAAGGGAAGAAGCUCGUGAUUUUGCCCGCAUCCGAAAUGCAUGUUUUGAGCAGGCUAAGCAGGCUUACUUGAUAGGCAACAAGGCUCUAGCCAAGGAAUUGAGCAUGAAGGGACAGACAUACAAUGCACAAAUGAAAGCAGCUCAUGAGAAAGCUAGAGAAGCUAUUUAUCGACAGAGGAACCCUGCUUCUUCCAACCGUGGCAGCGACCGUCUAAUCGAUCUACACGGUCUCCAUGUGAACGAAGCAAUCCAUAUACUGAAGGUCGAGCUGGGUGCUCUGAAGAGCACCGCGAGGGCUACAGGUGAGAGGAUGCAUGUCAUGGUAUGCGUCGGAACAGGCCACCACACCAAGGGCUCUCGCACCGCAAGGCUGCCCAUCGCCGUCGAGCAGUUCCUCCUGGAGGAAGGCCUCCACUACACGCAGGCUCAACCUGGCUUGCUCCGUGUUGUGGUGUUCUAACAUCUCUUAGGUCAGCACCACGAAGAAGAAGAAAAAAAUGAAGCAAGACAAAAAAAAAAAGGGAGAAAGAGAUGUAGGGAAGAAAAAAACGUAAAAAAGGUGGCUGCUGUUUGGAGCACUGUAAUUUUCUUGUAGUUGUAUAUUAAAAGAGGCAGCAGGAGAAUAGCCUGACAACAGAAUACAGUGUAAAAUUAUACAUAGCUUCAUUCAAUUCACAUUCCAUUCCUAUC